AUGAUCAAAUCCAUAUCAAUCGAACAGAAGUUUUACGAUAGGUGCUGUUCGCAACCAUCGCCUUGCCCUGGAAUAAUCCUUGGAGGCCUUAAUAAAGAUGAGGAGUGCAUAUUCUUUCUUCUUACCGCAACGGGACAAGAAUGCACCGAGUUGACUGCGAAUAAAAGUAUUGAUACUAUUGACGCUGAUAAACUUCGUGAUCAAUGCAAAAAGAUCUCACGAAUGCUGCCUGCUGGUAUUCACAUUUCUGGUCUCUACUUCUCCGGCACUGCUGAUGGUAAAUCACAAAGCGAAAAUUACAUAAAAAAGGAUUUCUUUCGACCCGUUGAUGUUAAAGUAAAGCCAAUCAUCGAUCGAUGGCGAGCAAUAAAAACAUACAUUACCCUCUCCAUUGAGACUAACUUGCCCUCUGAGAGACAGCAGGAGACAAUCAUGGAACAACUAAAGGUAUGUAUGCAUUGCACAUUUCUGCGUGCUAUUAUUGCUACUUUCUAA